AUGAUUGUUAUCCUUACAUUAACUGCUGCUAUAAUAAACGCCAAUGAUUGGGGUUACGAUUCCCAUAACGGUCCAGAGUCUUGGAUUGAGAAUUGUGCUAGUGGUCGAAAACAAUCACCUAUUGACAUCCACGCCGCUGACGUUGACUAUGCUUUAAUAAACAAGAUGCACUUUGCUAAUUACAUACGAACAGGGAAUGUAUCUGUCAAAAAUAAUGGUCAUUCAGGUUUGUUUGUUUUUACAUUUACAACUGAAAUGACAGUUAUAUAUGUCAGCUGAAAAAAUUAUUAAAUGUUUCUUAGCUGUACGUCUUAAACAUUCAGGAAAAACAUUCGCUUUUGAUUUUAUGUAAAAUUUCAAAAUGUAGAGAUUUUCUUAAAAGUUGCUUUUUUAAAGGGCACUAUGACUGCUCGGGCGAUUAUAGACCCGGACGGUCACUCGGGGAAGAAAAUUUUUUAAAAUACCACACAAUACCACAAAGGUAAACUUUAAAUAAUUUUAACAAAUCAUAAAUACAACACCUAUUUUAAUUUUUAGUAUUAUUUGGUAUCACCAUUUACAUAUAUUAUUAUAUUUUAAAAUUUUAGUGCCAAUUAUAUAAAUUUAAAUUGAUUUUAAUAUAUGGUACCACUCAAUACUAUUUUAACCUCAGGCCGACCAUAAAAUAACGUGGGCCAAAAAUCGCCCGAGUUGAGGGAGUACGUAGUUUAACUACAAAAUCUCGUUUUUUCAGACAAAUAUGUUUAAUUGAAAUUUUCUGAUUUUCGUCGCAGAAGAUCAAUGUUUUUCGAGGACGUUUUGUGAUUAAACUACGUACCCCUCUAAGGUCCUUUAAAGGAUUUAUAUUUAAAAAAUUAAAAACUGUUUUGCAGUGAUGAUAUCUGGAUUUGCUAACUGGGGAGAGCAUCAACCUUAUAUUUACGGCGGCGAUCUAGAAACAAAGUAUCAUUUGCUGCAAAUACAUUUUCAUUGGGGUCCUACAAACGAUAUCGGAAGUGAACACACAAUAGGAACUUUGCAUUAUCCCAUUGAAAUUCAUUUAGUACAUCAGAAAGAUGGUACCAAAGAUCUUACGGUUUUGCCAGGUGAUGGUCUUGCUGUUUUAGGAGUUUUUGGAUAUAUUUCUCAAGAAAGUAUACAUUUCAAUACAAUAGAACCAACAUUAAACAACCUCAUACAUCACGGAAGUGAAAUAAAAAUUGAAAAAUAUCAACCAAAAGAAUUUUUACCAGUAAAUGCAGACAAUUUCUACCGUUACCAAGGGUCGUUAACAACACCAGGAUGUGGUGAACAAGUUAUAUGGACUGUGUUUGCUGAACCUCUGCCAAUUACACAAAAACAGGUAUAUAAAAUUAAAUUUUUUUAUUUACAAAACAAUUUGAGAAAAAAUAAAUUAGUUUUUAUACCAAUACAGUAAGUACAUUAGUAGAAAAAAUGCGUUUUUAAUAUUGACGUUAUUACACAUGUGUAAUUGUUUUUAUGCGGCAUUUUUUAAAAAAAUACAAUGAUACCGAUGUUAUUAUUUGAGAAAACCUUACGCCUUUUGAUCUUGUAUAGCGAAUUUUUACUUUAAAAAACUGUGAUUUCAUUUUUUAGCUGACAAUGUUUCGAAAAUUGACUUCUGGUUCUGGAAACACUUUUGAUUUGGGAAAUUUUCGAAACACUCAACCGCUAAAUGGCCGUAGAAUUAAAUACCGUGGCGGCGCUGACAGACAUGGCAUUUGUGGACACAACUUUGUAAUGAUCUUGUCGCCGAACUACUUAUUGUUUGCAAUGUUCAUUGCGGCAUACAAUGAAUUUUUUAAUUGA